CCAGUGUGCCCUCUCUUGUGCCUCGUAUCCAUGCUGUUUUCCGAGGUGUUGAAUUGAAAAGACAUGUUUUUAUGUUUGUGGACAUAGUGAAAUGACCGACUCAUAUACUGGAAAAACGGAUACUUCAUAUGGUGCAAUGGCAAUGGGCGUUGUCACCAGCGGUUGUGGACUUUUCCUAGCAUCUUCCUGGCAUCUCAGGGGACGUAUGGGGAGUGUCAUCAUGACAGCUCUUCGGCGUAAAAGUGGAAGCAGUUUUCGUAAAACUGGCCUCUUGGGUGAAGAGGUAAAGAUGACACUCGUAGUACGAAAGGACCUAAAUAUGGGUAAAGGGAAAGUGGCAGCUCAGUGUUCCCAUGCUGCUGUGAACGCAUAUAAAGAGCUUCAGAGGAGAAGCCCGAAUCUUCUUAAGCAGUGGGAGUCUUGUGGCCAGCCUAAAGUGGUGGUCAGGGCUGACAAUGAGGAGUCUCUACUUGAACUUUAUCGCCAAGCUAAAGAAUCAGGCCUAGUUGUCAGUUUGAUCCAGGACGCAGGGAGAACCCAGACAGCCCCAGGUUCAAGAACAGUUCUUGCUGUAGGGCCAGGACCCGAAGAUGUUGUGGACAAGAUCACAGGACAUUUAAAAUUGUAUUGAAUGUGUUAUUAUGCAUGUCCAGGAUUCACACCUGUUCGACGCUGUCUUUAAAUGUAAUAAAGUGUUAUUUUUGUCAGCG